AUGGCCAAACUUGCCCAGCCAACCGCUACAAAGAUACCGUCAACUUCAUGGAAAAAGCUCAUCAUCGGUUCUACCUCCUCCUCCGGCAGCGAACUCACAAUCGAGGAGCGUAAUCUCCUCUCCACCGCACCAAGAAAUGUGAUGGACUCACUUCGUGCCGCCUGGCGGGCCCUCUCUUCAACUGAACAGAACCACAACAACCAUGUUCGCACUCGGUCACCGACUACAAAUCCAAGAUCGAAUCAGAACUCCUCUCAUAUCUGCAAUAGGGUUUUGAAUCUGCUGGAAAAGCAUCUGAUACCCUCGGCUUAUGGACAGCGAGCUUAA